CCAAUAAUGCCAACCUCCGUGACUCCGUCAGAAUGGUUCUCGUAGUUUCACCGAUCCGUUUGCUUUUUCUGUGACCUUUCGUCGAUAGUCAUUGGAGAAGAUAUUAAAUAAGAACAGAUAAGAGGUGGAGUCUGCAAAAUCGCAUAAGGAGUAGCAACUAGCAAAUUAACUAGAGGAAGAUCUUACUCGAGACUCACGAGAAGUGAAAAUGAUCGUUUAGAAGCCUGGAUUUGGGUGUUUGUGAACCUCCACUAAGCAAAAGAUCAGAACAGAGAAACUUUCAUGGCGACUUUGGCUACAAAGAUGAUGAGUUCAUUACCGAGGAUGUCUUCUUCAUCCGUAACGCCACCAAAAGUAGAUUCUUCGUCGCCAUCUACAAUUCCGAUGAGGGCUAUCCCAGGAAGUUACGGGUUGCCCUUGGUUGGGCCAUUCUUGGAUCGACUGGACUACUUCUGGUUCCAAGGGCCGGAGACAUUCUACCGGAAGCGGUUGGAAAAGUACAAGAGCACAGUCUACCGCACCAAUAUCCCACCCACUUUCCCCUUCUUCACUAGCGUUAACCCUCAAGUCAUCGCCGUCCUUGACUGCAAGUCUUUCUCUUACCUCUUCGACAUGGACAUCGUCGAGAAGAAGGAUAUCCUCGUUGGUGAUUACAUGCCCAGCCUCAGCUUCACCGGCAACAUUCGCGUCGGCGUCUAUCUCGACACUUCUGAGCCCAAACACGCUCAGCUGAAGAAUUUCUCGUUGGACAUCCUGAAGAGGAGCUCAAGCGUUUGGGUUUCUGAGUUGCUGUCAAAUCUGGACACCAUGUGGUCCACGGUAGAGACAGGCUUGGCCGAGAAGGGAAGCUCAAGCUUGCUUGUGCCGUUACAGAGAUGCAUGUUCCGGUUCUUCACCAAAACACUCGCCGGAGCCGACGCGACGAGUUCAUCAGAAAUCGCAGAUUACGGAUUCUCCUAUUUGGAUAAAUGGCUUGCGAUUCAGCUCAUUCCCACUCAAAAAAUCGGAGUUUUGCAGCCACUUGAGGAGAUCUUCCUCCACUCUUGGUCUUACCCAUAUAUACUCGUGAGUUCCGGAUAUCAGAAACUCUACGAUUUCAUCAAGAAGGAAGGGAAGGAGGUGAUAAAGAGGGGACAGACCGAGUUCGGACUCACUGAAGAAGAAACGAUCCAGAACUUGCUCUUCAUCCUCGGCUUUAACGCGUUUGGUGGCUUCUCCGUUUUCCUCCCUGGAUUGAUAUCUACUCUGGGGAGUGACAAGACUGGGUUGCAGAAGAAGCUGAGGGAGGAAGUGAAGGAGAAACUCGGGUCAACUCAGCAAUUGAGUUUUGAAUCGGUGAAGGAGAUGGAACUCGUUCAAUCGUUCGUGUACGAGUCACUCCGGUAUAGUCCACCGGUUCCGCUUCAGUUCGCACGAGCUCGGAAGGAUUUUGUGCUGAGUUCACACGACGCGUCGUAUGAGAUAAAAAAGGGGGAACUUCUCUGCGGUUACCAACCCCUAGCGAUGAGAGAUGAGAAGGUUUUUUCUGAACCGGACAGUUUCGUUGCGGAUCGGUUCACCGGGGAGAAAGGGCGAGAGUUGCUGAAAUAUCUUUACUGGUCUAACGGACCACAGACCGGUUCGCCCAGCGCAUCUAACAAACAAUGUGCGGCCAAGGACUCCGUGGUUCUCACCGCAUGUCUCUUCGUCGCAGACUUGUUUAGGAGGUACGAUUCCUUCAGUGCCUCCUCCUUGAGUAUCACAUCCGUUGAAAAAUCGAAAUGAACGGUGUCAAUUAAAAUUGAAACUAAAAUGGGCCCAUUUAAAAUCGAAUCGAAAAUUUUUGGUUCCAUAUUUAUUUUGAAAAGUGAAAUUUCAUUUGAUCCGAUUUUAAUUUUAGAUUCAAAAUCGGUGUGAACCAAGCAAAGUGACUAUAUUAAAUUCUAUAAUCAUAUGUCUUUAUCGAGUUGUGUGAAAUGAUCUAUUAUGGGUUUCUUUGUCGAGUUUUAUAAAUAGUGUAGAAAGAUUGCGGAUUGUGUGUAGGUUUCUUCAUGUGGUUGUAAUGUUUUUCUAACUUUAUUUAUUUCAACAUGUUAUUUAUACUUGAACCAUGUUAGCGACAUUGCCGGAAAAGAACCAAUAACGGUCAUGUUCUCAAUACACAGAACCUUUUGCCUAA